GUCGUCCAAUGCAUUGGACGCUUCGCUCAGGGGCUUACUAUAGCAACAUUAAGCGCUAGACCUCAAUACCCUCGCCAUUGUCGUCUGCUCACCCAUGAAAGCAUUUGCAGAGAAUCCCCAACGACCGCUUCCCCAUGGACCCCUACGGGACGCAGGAGUACUUCCUCUGCUUCGCGACACUCGUCUUCACUGGCCUCCACGUCGCCGGAUGGAACAUGUCCUUCCCGACGUACACCGAGCAGAUCCUCUGGCGCGUCGCGAGCCUGAUCCUCUUCGGCGUCACGGCCGCAUUCUGGAUCCUCGAGACAAUGGCUUCAUGGGUACGGCUAGGACGCUGGAAGAUGCUCUACCUGUACUUCUUCGACCGAGCGGCCAUCCCCCGUUUUCGCCAAGCGACCUUUGACCGCCUCGACGAGGAAGAGCAGGAGAAGCCGCGCGAUAUCAGCACGUUACCGCUACCGUGGGAGUUUUGGAGCAUUGCGCCGAUCGCCAUCUUGUAUGGCAUCGCGAGGGUCUAUCAGCUUGUGGAAGGGUUCAUGGAGUUGAGAGAGAUUGACGCAUCGGCGUUUGUGCACGUUGAGUGGACGCAGUACCUGCCUCAUGUCUAAUACAGUCAACUUUUUUCGAACUGUAAUGCCAGAAUGCCCUCUUGCAAAAAGGCCUGCAGGCAAAUGGAAACUUCGAGCUCCGUUGUGCACCGCUGCAAGGCUACGUACAACGUCAGAAAUUGGACCAACCACGAGGAGCCCGCUGGCCCUGCCAGAACUGCGCAGGCUUCGGGGACAAGCCGAGCUGCAAAAUGAUACGAUGAUGCUGUUCAUGCACAAGGACCCUUAUCACGAGGCCACCAGUCUCAGUGUGCGAACAUUGGUGGCUGCCGGGAUCACAUGGUACAGCAAACCCCACAAUCCGUGCCACCACACCAUUUCGCAACCUCACAUGUCUUGGUCGUCCUCAUGGAGCAGGAAUGAAUGAACAAAUGUUAUUGACAUUGUGGCUGCUAUGUUCUGCGGGUGAAUUAGAAUCGUUAAAGCCGUUCUGCGACUAGCAGACGUGGGGUA